AUGAUCUCGCGUCCACCAGCUUCCUCAUCCACGCAUCCAGACACCAGCCCAUCAUCUGAUGUUUCUACCGCCGACAACCCUACACCCUCCCUCGCGGAUGACACGGACGAUGGACAGCGAGGCUCGAGCGUCGUGUUUCAUCGAAAUAGCGGCACGGAAGAGCAUGAUCCUUUGAGGACCGCGGCGACAAGGUCUUCGAAUCAAACUUCGACUACAGGCUCGAUCGCAGCGGGGAUGAAUCCUGAUGGGGAGGAGCGCAGAGAUGGCCCCCAACGGGAAAUAAGCCCAAGAACGGUUAACAACGGUUCGCAGACACAUCGCGAUCACGGCAAUCAGAAUGCAUCGGCCGAAGCAGCCCAGAAAAACGUCGACAAGCCACAGUCGGGAAGAACGCGUUCCGCUUCGAGCCCCAGCCCCGACACUCGAGGAAAUAUCGCCGAAGAAUUGGCUGGAUAUACAUUGGCGAAGGGUCCCGCUGGCCGUGCGAAAAGGACAACUGUCCCGUCCGAAAUCUCCACAGCUGCUACGCCUGCCACCACAGCCGCAGUCCCAUUGACCGUGCAUGUCCACAGCCGAAGCCCUCACCAGCAAAAGGGUCCGGCCCUGAAGCUAUCUCCUGCGCAGAUCAAAGAAUUAACCUCCGCGCCCGACUCGUUAUGCUUCCAUACGAUUCCUACCGAGUUAGACUACGGAACGGCGAACCCUGCUCCUGCAGAAGAAGUGCCGGCGCGGGACUUUUGGCUGGCGGAUGACGAUGGUCAGGAUCGUAGACAGCAUCAAGACAGUGCGGCGACUAUGGGCCUGGCGAUGAACACGCCGAAUACAGGACAGAGUGGAGGAGGAGGCGGCCGCCGGGAGAGCGAUACUGGACGAAGGAAGAAAUCAGGGAGUCUAAAGCACGCAAAUUUCGACCAGCUACCCGACUUCAGUCAGUCGUUGAAGCAACCGCAUUCUGCAAGUCGGCAGCGGUCGCAGACCGCGAAGACUGCGAGCUCCUCGCGGCGCCUGCGAUCGCCCUUCGAAACAGACCGCCAACCCGGGAAUUGGAAAUCUAGAACAGACCGCUGUGCGCCCGGCCAUCCAAAUACAGAAGAUGCGCUUAGGCCUGGGCCGUUAUCUAGGGAUGCACCGUCGCCCGUACCGGCAUCUAUCCCUCUUCCUCCAUUCUCCAUUCCAACGUAUCUUCAGCUGGAAUUAUCCUCGGAUCGCCCUUCUCCUCUCUACAUCCACCAAUCGCGCACAAAGGACUUCCCAUAUGAAUCUUCUCGUGCCAAAAUUGAACGACUUCAGAACUUUCUCCUCCUCCCACCGUCCCUCGAGAGCGUCCUACUGUUUGGAGCACUUGCGUGUCUAGAUUCGUGGCUGUACUCUUUCACAAUACUCCCAUUGCGGUUCUGCAAGUCGAUAAUAAUCCUUUUCAAAUCAUGGUUGGUUAAUUUCGGGCUAGAGGUACGAGAUAUAUCUGCCUUCAUUGCUGGAGGACUUGGUAGAGUGUGGAGUAGAAGACGGCGGGCACGAUCCGUUGGUAGGAAACCAAAAUCCCGAAAGUCUUCAGAAACUACCUGUCGAGAGAGGGAGGUAUCUUCGAAUAUUCUAACUACAGUCGACGAGGAUUCCGGUCCGAACCAGGACCUAAAACGAGGAGAUGACAUUCAGCGCCGCAUCUCUCGUCAUCGGAGAACAAAGUCCGUUCCAUCCGGUUUGCUGCCUGACGACAAAGCCGAUAUUCUUAAAGGCUUACUCAUGGUAUUCACAUGUACCAUUCUCCUAUAUUUCGAUGCCAGCCGAAUGUACCAUUGGAUUCGUGGCCAAGCAGCUAUCAAGUUGUACGUCAUUUAUAACGUUCUCGAGGUUGGAGAUCGACUGUUCUCCGCCAUUGGUCAGGACGUUCUCGAAUGUCUGUUCUCUCGUGAAGCACUUGAGCGUAAGCCAGAUGGGCGGAGCAAAGUCCUCCGCCCGUUCUGGCUGUUCCUUUUGGCAUUAGUCUAUACUAUUAUACACUCCACUGCCUUAUUCUACCAAGUAAUGACGUUGAAUGUCGCCGUCAACUCCUAUUCAAAUGCCCUAAUCACCCUACUACUAUCUAACCAGUUUGUGGAGAUCAAAUCCACCGUCUUUAAAAAAUUCGAAAAAGAAAACCUUUUCCAGUUAACCUGCGCUGAUGUGGUUGAGCGAUUCCAACUAUGGCUGAUGCUUCUCAUCAUUGCGUCGAGAAAUUUUGUGGAAACAGGGGCCCUCUCAUUUGGAAAUGCUAUCGCUCCAUUUUCUCGUAGUGCGACGAACACUACUACCAGCACUCCCGCGUCUAAUCCCCCAAGAUCCGCAUCCUCGAUUCUUCCACAAUCAUUCACUCUUCUUCCUUCCUCGCUAUUCGCUUAUAUGAGCAAUAUGAACACGUUUCUUCCUACAAUUGGACAUGUGUUAGGUCCCUUCCUAGUCGUACUGGGCUCUGAGAUGCUUGUUGACUGGCUGAAACAUGCAUACGUCAAUAAAUUUAAUAAUAUUAGGCCCUCAGUCUACGGCAAAUUCCUUGAUAUCCUCGCAAAAGACUACUACACCAACGCCUUCGCCGAUCAGAACCUGAACCGCCGCCUAGGAUUACCGGUUAUACCGCUCUCUUGCCUCUUCAUCCGUGUCUCAAUACAGACUUAUCAAAUGUUUUUAACAGCAUGGCUACCUCAACCACCCUCCCUAACUACGCCGUUACAUUCAACUUCGUUAUCCGCAAUACACGAACACUACUCUUCUACUUCAGCGGCAAAUGCCUCCUUGACUUUUUCAUUUCCAAUGUCCCUUAGCCAGGUCAACCUUUUGAUGAAAAAGUUGAUUUCGCAUACUACACCAUCCCCAACGGCAUAUGUUCCCAUUUUCACUGUUAUUCUCCUCCUCCUUCUCUACGUCACACUUCUUCUCGUUAAAUUGAUCUUGGGAAUGAUCCUGUUGGGGUACUCAAGAGCGAGAUACAAGCAGAUGAAGCUUCGUGAAAGAGAAUUGUUCCACCAGCAACAAAAACAGGCUCAAUCCAAACCAACACCGGCAUUUCAGCCUACAGAAAACAGCCUUCCCAGUCCACCUCCAGAAAUUGCGCCUCCUUCAUUUUCACUUAGUGGGAAUGGCAAAGGACGUGCAGCCAGUGAUACUGUGGAAGGCAGUCGUCGUUUUGGAGGUUGGGGGGCUGUAGAAGUUGGGCAAGAGAGGAGGAACUGGAUAUAUACCGAUGAUCCUGCCGGAUUGCAGAGACUAAAGGAGCGGGAUGAGAGAGACGCGGCUAAGGCCACGAAGACUGGCGGUGGAAUGCAUGGGUUCGAGAAUGUGCGACGAUAUGAGAUGGUUGGGAAGAGGAUUUGGUAA